AUUAAGCGAUAACAUCUUUUGCGGGGGCGCUGUCUAUCGAAAUCUGCUGGUAGUCGCGUUCGCAAAAUUCUGAGUGCUCGCAAAACGAAAACAACGUAAUUUUAGUGCGUUUAAAAAGUGAUAUUUAAGACUUGUUGCUUUGGAAUUAAGUGUCCCAACAGCCGUGAGCUGCAGGCGGUGUUGUUUUAAGGAUAAAAAGCGUUUUUCCCCCAACACCUGCCAUAACCAAAAAGCCAAUCUGAGAGUUUCCUCCUCCUAACCAUACUAAAUUCAAACCAAGUCAGAAAAACACGAUCUAGUUCGCAUGUAUGCGAGUGCAUUUUAUGGACGCCUCAGACUCAUUUGCCUGUGGAAGCCAGCAGGACAUUGAUCGGCCCAAGAGCCAGCUCAAAAAGUCCCAGAACAGAAACUGAAUCCGAGCCAGAAUCAGAAACACCCCAACCGUUGCACUGAUCACCAUACACAUUCAGCUGUCACAGCUUAGCAUCCAAAAUCACUAUACCAUCAUCAUAUCCAUCGGGUAGAGCAAGAGCAUGAGCUUGUGGAAGCGCAUCUCCAGCCAUGUCGACUGCGAGCAGCGUAUGGCGGCUUACUACGAGGAGAAGGGUAUGCUCGAGCUGCGCCUCUGCUUGGCACCCUGGAUCGAAGACAGGAUAAUGUCCGAACAAAUAACGCCCAACACUACCGAUCAGUUGGAGCGCGUGGCCCUAAAGUUCAACGAAGAUCUGCAGCAAAAGCUUCUAUCCACACGCACCGCCAGCGACCAGGCCCUCAAGUUCCGGGUGGUGGAGCUUUGCGCCCUUAUCCAACGCAUCUCCGCCGUUGAUCUGUACACACAUCUGCGCAGCGGUCUACAAAAAGAGUUGCAGUUGGUCACCGAGAAGAGCGUGGCUGCAACCGCAGGCCAAUCAAUGCCGCUAAAUCCCUACAACAUGAACAACACGCCCAUGGUUACCGGCUACAUGGUGGACCCCAGUGAUCUGCUGGCGGUGUCCAACAGCUGCAAUCCGCCAGUUGUUCAGGGCAUAGGACCCAUCCACAAUGUGCAAAAUCCAGGCAUUGCCUCCCCAGCCCUCGGUAUGGUCACACCCAAGGUGGAGCUGUACGAGGUGCAACAUCAGAUCAUGCAGGCCCUCAACGAGUUUGGCAACUGUGCCAAUGCCUUGAAGCUGCUUGCCCAGAACUACAGUUACAUGCUAAACUCCACAUCCUCGCCGAACGCAGAAGCUGCCUACAGAAGUCUCAUCGAGGAAAAGGCGGCCAUCGUACUCACAAUGCGUCGCAGCUUUAUGUACUACGAGUCGCUGCACGAGAUGGUCAUACACGAGCUCAAGAACUGGCGCCACCAACAAGCGCAAGCCGGAAACGGAGCUCCCUUUAAUGAGAGCUCCUUGGAUGAUAUCCAGCGCUGCUUUGAGAUGCUCGAAAGCUUUAUCGCACACAUGCUGGCUGCCGUUAAGGAGCUGAUGCGCGUACGUCUGGUCACCGAAGAGCCGGAGCUCACACAUCUGCUUGAACAGGUUCAGAACGCGCAGAAGAACCUGGUAUGCUCAGCCUUUAUCGUCGACAAACAGCCCCCGCAAGUGAUGAAGACCAACACACGCUUCGCAGCGUCUGUGCGCUGGCUAAUCGGUUCUCAGCUGGGCAUUCACAACAAUCCACCUACAGUCGAGUGCAUCAUAAUGUCAGAGAUCCAGUCGCAACGGUUCGUUACGCGCAAUACACAGAUGGAUAAUAGUAGCCUCUCCGGUCAAUCAUCGGGCGAGAUUCAAAACGCCUCUAGCACCAUGGAGUAUCAGCAAAACAACCAUGUUUUCUCCGCCAGUUUCCGAAACAUGCAGCUGAAGAAGAUCAAGCGGGCCGAAAAGAAGGGAACUGAGAGCGUGAUGGACGAGAAGUUCGCCCUAUUCUUCUACACCACCACCACCGUGAACGAUUUCCAGAUCCGUGUUUGGACCCUGUCCUUACCGGUGGUGGUUAUUGUGCACGGCAACCAGGAGCCCCAGUCCUGGGCUACCAUUACUUGGGACAACGCGUUUGCGGAGAUUGUUCGCGAUCCCUUCAUGAUUACCGACCGCGUUACCUGGGCCCAGCUGUCAGUCGCGUUGAACAUCAAAUUCGGAUCUUGCACGGGGCGUUCUCUGACCAUUGACAACCUGGAUUUCCUAUACGAGAAACUCCAGCGUGAGGAGCGGUCUGAGUACAUUACGUGGAACCAAUUCUGUAAGGAGCCCAUGCCCGAUCGGUCCUUUACAUUCUGGGAGUGGUUCUUUGCCAUCAUGAAACUCACCAAAGAUCACAUGUUGGGCAUGUGGAAAGCAGGCUGCAUUAUGGGCUUCAUCAACAAGACCAAGGCUCAGACUGAUCUGCUGCGUUCAGUUUAUGGUAUCGGCACUUUCCUGCUCCGUUUCUCCGACAGCGAGCUCGGUGGAGUCACUAUCGCCUACGUAAACGAAAAUGGAUUGGUCACCAUGCUGGCGCCAUGGACUGCACGUGAUUUCCAGGUGCUGAACCUGGCCGAUCGCAUUCGAGAUCUGGACGUGCUUUGCUGGCUGCACCCUAGCGAUCGGAAUGCGAGUCCCGUGAAGAGGGACGUCGCCUUUGGUGAGUUCUACUCAAAGCGUCAAGAACCUGAACCCCUCGUUCUAGAUCCCGUGACCGGUUAUGUGAAGAGCACAUUGCACGUUCACGUUUGUAGAAACGGAGAGAAUGGAUCUACUAGUGGAACACCGCAUCAUGCUCAGGAAAGCAUGCAACUGGGAAAUAUCUCGCCACAAAGCGGCAUCACUUUCUAUAGCCCAGGCCGACUUGAGGAAUCAGAUUCCGAUGCUAGCGAAACGGCCGAGGCCCUAGAGAGAAUUGUGAUAGGCGCUCAACCCAACGAUCCUGUGAUAAGUGAAAUCACUGAUGCCUUAUUGACCAGCAACUAUAGACAGUACGUUUACUAUUAAUGAUCUUAUGCUGUGCCACCGCCUGCACCUGAUGGCUGGGUACUGGGCGCUAGUUGAUUGUGCCAUUUACCGAAAGCUUGCAGAAUAGCACCAUCAUGCACCUAUAAAUCUGAUCUUAACCAAUCUGAGUUAACCAAUCAAGCGACAUAGGCAGUUUCAGAUUGAAAAAGAAAAACUAAUAAAAUUGACAAGUGUUUAAAACUGCUAAUUGCUACACUAGAUUUAAAAUACUCCUGUGUGCCCCUUUGUAAGGGUUGUUGUUCGAUUACUUGCAUGUUCGUUGCUGUUGUCACUUUUAUUACGAACUUAAUCUCAAUUUGAUGUUAUUGUUAUUAUAUUGAAUGUUAAGUGAAUCCUUCACUCUCAAUUGUUGGGGAUUAGCUUCCAUUAAAGCUUGCGCAACAUUUCCCAAGUACAAAUUUGUAAUAAGUUCAGCACUUUGGCCAUUUCAUUAUUUUAUGCCCUCAUCUAAUGCAUCCAUCCCACCUUUUCCUUGGACCGCCUGCAUGAUUUUGAUUUAAAAACUUCCGGUUUAUUAUUAUUUCUUUUCUAAUUUUACACAACUUUGUUCGAAACCUCUUUUAGUGGUGACUUUGGAAUGGCGGACUUCGACACGAUUACAAACUUUGAGAACUUUUGAAACUAAGAAACUAUAACAACUAUAGAAGCGUACGUAUAAACGAAAUCAAAUAAACUCCUGAACGUGUGUCGCUAUCUUGGAAGUCCGACGAUGACGAUUCCGCCACCUCAACGAUUGCAACGAUCUGGCGCAUGACUCAUUGUGCUAAUCGAAAGUUUUAUUUAAUGUUAUCUAGAUGUAAUUAUUAGAUUUGGGAAUGCAUCGUAGUGGAAGGUUUUGUUUGCUUUUUGUGAAACGCCAAAACACAAGAACAACAUCAACAACAAUAAGAUCUAGCCGAUCAAUGCAUGCAACACAAACACCUUCAGCUCACAGCCAGAACAUUGUCUAUAUUAUAUAUCGUGAUUAUGAUUGUGUCUGACUUAAGCAACAUUUAGAAUUUCUGUGUUGUAUAAACCUUUGGAAUGUGUCCGCACGUUGUUUUAUAUUUUUAUAUAUACCUUUUAUAUAUGUAUGCAUAUGAUUUCAAUUUGUGCACUAUGACAUGUUCGUCUGUGACAAAGCAUUACGUUUAGAUGAUACUGACGAGAUAAUCGGUUUAGUUAGUGAGUAACUAUUUGUUGAAUCUAAAUUUUUGAUUUUGAUUUUAAUUUUAUGGAAUAUUUUUAAAACUUUGAUAUACAAAUUACUUCGCGUGCUAAGCCUAUGUUAAACGAAAGUGGAAAAACAAUCAACGAGAGCAGCAACGCAGGGAUUGAUUGCAUUAAUUUUAGUUAUAAUCUAAGUAACAUUGAAUUGCUUUAUGUAACCCCAUCCUUUAUUGGCUUCCAAUGCUGAAAAUGCGCAAAAAUUUGAACUAAUCAAUGUAUAUUUUUUUGAAACUUGUUUGUUUGAGUCAUCAGGGCAGAGUUUGCAAUGCAUUUCAAAUGCGCCACAUGCGAUUGCCUUUUUAGUCAGCUACUAGAGACACGAGGACCAUAUUACGUUUGUUUGAGAGAUCGUAAACAUAAUCAUUUAUGUAUGUAAACAGCAACAAUAACACAAUACUACACUUAGCUUUGUACGUGAACCUUAAGAAUUUUAUAAGACUUAAGUACACCCCAAAUAAAUAUACAAUUCAAUAAACUUGAAACACUUAAAUGCGAACGGGAGCGGAUUUCCUUUUGUGUACUCACAAUUUGCGAAACCAAAUGUAAUACUGUGUACGUAAAGUUUUAAUGUUUAAUUGUGAAAGCUAUUGCACACACACAUUCCCCAAAAACUAUAAACAAACAGCACACAACACACAGAUACACACGAGAGAAGCUCGCCAAAAACAAUGUUGAUAUUUGGAUACUAUUAUUUGAUUGUCCUGUCCUCACGGUGUACUUGAACUAAUUGUGUACAUUGUGUAAGUGUUUUAAAUGUAAUUUCGAACGCUAAUUGGGUGUGCAAUUUCUAAAGCUAAUGUGGGAAAUAACUAAAGAACUAUUCUUGUCAAAAUGGCCAAUAAAGAUUUGAUUUUAAACAUUA